AUGUUGGGUCUCAACAUGGACCGGCUUCGUGUUGAUAUGAACCGAUUGCUCGCCCUUCUUUUCCAUCAGGGAGUGUUGGAUGAGCAAUUUAUACAGCUGCAACAAUUGCAAGAUGAGUCCUCCCCAAACUUUGUCUCAGAGGUUGUCAAUAUAUAUUUUCAAGAAUCCGAAAAGCUCCUCAAGAACCUCAGAGGCUUGUUGGUGGAUAAGGAAUUUUCGGACUAUAAGAAAAUGGGGAUGCAUUUGAAUCAAUUAAUGGGAAGCAGUUCAAGCAUUGGUGCGCAACGGGUCAGAAACGUGUGCGUUGCAUUUCGGGCUGCAUCCGAGCUGAAUAAUCGGGCCGGGUGCUUGAGAGCAUUAGAGGUGCUAGAAUGUGAGUAUUGUUAUCUCAAGAACAAACUGCAUGAACUCUUGGAGAUUGAGCAGCAAAGAAUGCUAGCAGCUUCAACAAAAAAGGGUGAAACAGAAAGUGAGUCUGCUGAUGGUGACAGGAUUUCACCUGCAUUUAAUGCAAAUAUUAAUAUUCCUAUUUUCCAAAGUCUUGUUUUGGAUUGA